AUGGGCAUUGUCGCUAUGCUAGGAUACACAUAUGACUGGAUGGACUUCAAAUUGACUAGAACAAGUUUGAUGGGCUUCAAAUUGACUAGAACAACAAGUUUAAUAGAUGUGUUAAAUUUUGGAGCUAUCGGAGAUGGAAUUGCUGAUGAUUCUCAGGCAUUUUUGAAGGCAUGGAAUGCAACUUGUGGAUCAACAUCGAACGGUCCUAGUAUGAUCAUACCUGGAAACAAGACAUUCUUGGUGAAGCAACCGGUCCGAUUUGAAGGUCCAUGCAAGUCCUCUUCCAUCAAUGUCCAGGUUUGGGGUGACAUUAAAGCACCAGACAUGAUGAAUUUUGGUGAUAUAAACUCUCAUACUUGGCUUGUUUUCUCAAAUGUUGAUGGGCUUAUUGUCAGUGGAACUGGGCAAAUUGAUGGCACUGGAAAAUCUUGGUGGGAUUCCUGUCCAACGGCUUUGACAUUCAAUCGGUGUAACAACCUUCAGCUAAGUGGAUUGAGGCAUGUUGAUAGCGCAAAUAACCACAUUUCGAUUACCAAUUGCGCAAUUGUCACCAUCUCAAAUAUUCAUAUAACUGCACCUGAAACUAGCCCUAACACCGAUGGCAUUGACAUCAGCAAUUCCAACCGUAUUGUGAUUCACGAUUCUUACAUUGGAACAGGUGACGACUGCAUUGCUAUGAUUAAUGGCUGCAAAUAUAUCAACAUUACUGGCGUAAAUUGCGGUCCAGGCCAUGGAAUAAGCAUUGGAAGCUUGGGAAAAAAUGGAAGUAGAGCUACAGUGGAAGAACUACAUGUGAAGAACUGUACCUUUAAUGGAACUCAAAAUGGGGCAAGGAUCAAGACAUGGCAAGGCGGGUCCGGAUAUGCUAAGAUAAUUUCUUUUGUUGACAUUAUACUUAUUGAAACAAGCAACCCUAUAUUGAUCGACCAGUAUUAUUGUCCACACAACACUUGCAAAGAUCAAACAUCAGCAGUAGGAAUCAGCAAUGUUUCAUUUACUGGAUUUCGUGGAACAACUAAUACAAUAGAUGCAAUCCAACUCAGUUGCAGUAAAAACGUACCUUGUACCGACAUUGAAUUGAAUCAGAUCAACAUAAUGCCAGCGUCUGAUAUGAAGCCGGGAACAAUUCUUCAAUCCACUUGCAUCAAUGCCCAUGGAACAUCUAACACAUCCAAUAACCCUAAAGUGAACUGUUUACUUUAG